UAAUGAGGGGACAUAAAUAGGUUGAGUUAUCUAGGUUGACUAACACUACAUAAGAACACAUUACCACUAACGUCGUGACUAAAUAUAAAUACGUGUACCAGCAGUAUAGAAAAAACCAGACGCUGUAAACGUGUCGAGUGCUGCAACUGGAAGGAUUAAACAACGGAGGCUGGUGUACGGUAGUAGUUUCCGAAUUUAACUUCAGUUUAAAAACAGUCUGUCACGUGACACUGCUGGGGCGAUAAAACCGCGCAAGCACGACACUAAUUCCAUAUUCAGGUUACUAGUGACAUGGUAUUGGGUGCUGUCUUCAUAAUUCUGGUUACGUGUGGAUAUGCACGAAACGCCAAAGUAAAAUCAUAGUAGAAGAAGCGCUGUCGCAAUGGCGACCGGAAAACCCAAUCGAGUCCUCUCGCGCAAUGUCGUGCACUUGUUUGUUCUUCUCUCACUACCCGGUGUGUGCUACGGACACCCUCAGUGUUUGGACUCCAGACCACCAUUCCAGCCAACGAUUAACCUCACGUUUUGUCCCCAGUACUCAUUGUUCGGCUGCUGCAACAGUGACGGAGAUACCCGACUUCGUUCCGAAUAUUACACGAUCAGAUCACUCGUGGAUGUAGAAACUUGGACUCGUUGCCAUGGCUAUGUUAGAGAAUUGUUGUGUCAGCAGUGUUCUCCAUACGCCGCACACAUCUUCGACGCUGAGGCCAAACCGCAGGCGAGGACUUUUCCUGGUCUCUGUGAAACGUAUGCUAAGGAAUUCCACAAUUCCUGCAAAGAUGUGGUCACCUACCUUGACCAGGUACUGGCAGAAGAUCCUCGAUUCGAAACCGAACAUGGCUUCUAUAGUAUUGUUAGAAUUCCAGACCCCGACUAUUGUUUUCCAGAACUUUUGUCUAAUGCUAUAUUUAAUAGGAAUAUUUCGAAUCAACAGAUUACAAAAAGGGGAUGUCUAUGCUUGGAAGAAGUCGCAUUAGAUUUAGGAAUUCCGAUUCUUGCUCGUCAUUCCGGGGAUGGAACCAACCGUUUAUUCAUAGCCGACCAGACUGGGGUUGUUUAUAUUUACAAUGUUGCUGAAAAAAGUAAAUUGGGAGAACCAUUUUUGGAUAUUAGAGACCAAGUUUUUGUGUCGUCGAGAGAAGGUGACGAAAGGGGAUUUCUCGGGUUGGCUUUCCAUCCCAGCUUCAAAGAAAACAAGAAGUUUUAUAUCUAUUAUUGCACCUCUCUAUGGGCCGCAGAUUAUAGGCUUCCACGUUAUCAUCCAGAUAUGCCUCUCGAUAACAAAAUCAGAAUAAGCGAGAUGACGGUUAAUGAAACGGAUCCCAACAGAGCAAAUGUAUCGUCAGAACGAAUUCUACUGGAAGUUUUGCAGCCCUUUGCAAAUCACAACGGCGGAGAGAUUUACUUUGGGGACGAUAACUUUCUAUAUUUGUUUCUUGGUGAUGGCGGAGCAGGUGGAGAUCCAUUUGGGUUUUCUCAAAAUAAAUCUGUACUGUUGGGCAAAGUUCUAAGGAUUGACGUCGAUAAUGGCGACCCUUACGCCAUCCCGCCUGAUAACCCUUUUGUCAACGAUCCAUCUGCAAGAGACGAAAUAUUCGCUUAUGGAGUUCGAAAUAUAUGGAGAUGUGGCAAAGACAGGGGUGACGCAAAAACAGGAGAAGGAAAAGGAAGAGUUUUAUGCGGAGAUGUUGGUCAGAAUGCCUACGAGGAGAUUGAUAUGUUGGUAAAAGGAGCAAACUACGGAUGGGAUUCCAGGGAAGGUUUUGCUUGCUUUGAUAACUCUACCUGUGGUAAGAUAGGUCCAGAAGAGCUACCGAUAUUUGCUUACCCACAUAGUGUUGGAAAGUCUGUGACGGGAGGCUCAUUCUACAGAGGUUGUGAAAGCCCCAACCUCAAUGGAUUAUACAUAUAUGGAGAUUACAUGGUGGGCCGUCUUUUCAGCCUGGUUCAAAAUAGCUCUGGCCAAUGGGAUAAUGAAGAGUUGUUUAUGUGCGGGCCUGAUAUUUGUCUAGAUGGCUUGAUCGGCAAUUAUGGCAAGUGGAUUACUUCAUUUGGAGAAGAUGAACAGGGGGAGGUGUAUCUGCUUUCAGUAGCAGGCUCGCAACGUAAAGGAAUGGUUUACAAGUUCGUCGAUCCUGCCAGACGAGGUAAUCCGGACCAAUGCCCCUCAGCUAAUAGACGAGGCAGAAUUCUAUCACAAACGAAUGUUCCAACACCAGAAACAACUAAUAGCAUGUCUAAAUUAACAAGCAUUGCAAAAACAACUAAUAGCAUGCCUAAAUUAACAAGCAUUGCAACCAACCAAGCUCCAGUGAUUUCAUCUUUGAACGUCAGAGCUUGCUCAAUGGCCUCAACACUGCUGUGCACUUUAUUGCGAAUCAGCCGAUAAAUUUUAAUAUGGCGACGUUUGGGACUGUGUCCGAGUGUUAUUUUAAGCAGCUACACAAAUAAUUACAAUUUUUACCAGAGGAAAACAUCAAAAGUACAAAUACCGUGAAACCGACAGUAUUAUAUACCAUACCGGUAUGAAAAUAAUGAUGUUCCCGUCGUUAUAUUUUAGUAUACAUUUUGUACGUUAUUCGAGAGUAAAAAACACAAAACAACAACAAACACCCCCAUUAAAAUUGCUUUAUCUUGCUUUUAAGCUUAGAAUAUGACAUAUAUUGACUGGGCUAUAAAAUCAUUAAUGGGAGCAUAAUGAACCCAUUUAUCUCUUAGGACUGUAUUCCAAAUAUAAUCACAUGGGGACGUGGCUUGUGGUGGGUGGGUGCUGUGCAGUCGGCUUAUAAUUUAGAGUUUUGCUACUUCAAAUACCAGAACGACAGAAACACAAUGGAUUUGCCAAUAUAAAUUAUUUAAGCAAAAGCUUGUAAGUAAACUAUAAAUCGACGGUUUAGAAAAUUCUGUAAUCGUCAAAACUAUUAUGACACCGCUUAAUUGACUUUGAAUCCCGGUAGCAUGCGUAGUUUGCUAUAUGUUUAUGCAUGGUCGAGGGAAAUGGAAAACUAUAUAUGCAGUACAGUCAUGCAUGUACGCUGUAAAUUUUUAGAUAUAUUCAUAACAUCGACGAUCGAACGUUAAGUGGAUUCAAAUAAUUAUAAUGAUGUAUGUAUUAGUAUUUAAUAAUAUAAAAACUAUUUUUCUGCAAAUACACAUUCAUGCUAUUUUUUUCUUUAUAAUUAAAAAAAAAAAAAAAGAUUUUUUUAGUAUUUUAUUUAAUGUAAUCAAGUCUAGAACCACAAUCUAAUGAAAUGCUCAAGUUAUAAAGCUCAUGCCUUUUGUUGUUUUACUUUGUUGCUAUUUUAUACAUACUAGUGCUAAAAUAUUCUGGUAAUUGCCAGUGGAUUUGGAGAGAUGGGUUUAUUUUCCGUGUUUAAUAUGGUUUCGUUUAUGCUAACAUUGGAGUAAAUAAAGCUGAUUUAAAACAAA